UGAUUAUCGAUUCUCAAGUUAAAAGUUAUCAAAUUACUAUCAGCUGUUGCCUGUUAUGGAGUUAAAUUAUUUUUUAUUUUUAUCAAAUAUCACACGUUUUCUUGGAUGUUCAGUUAUUUGGAUUUUGAGAAAAACGGAUGUUUGACUAGGUACACUGUCUACACUAUACAAUCAUAGACUGCAAAAUUUCCUAUUAGUUUUUAGUAUACUUUUUUAAUACGUAAAUUUACAAUGGAAGAUCAGAAACUUCUGGAUUUGGACACUAACAUAUUGGAACCCGCACCAAAACUAAUUUCAUCAGACCCAGAUGAUGACUUAUUAUCGGAAGAUAUAAAACCAAAUUUUCAAGAUGAUAAUUCCGAUCUCAUACUUAUGCCUGAAAAAGUUGUCGGCGUUGAAAAAUUGUCCUCCCUUGAAAAUAUGUUGGUAAUUGAACAAGAACCUAAAGAGAAUAUUGAUACUGAAGUUGACAUAAAAGUUGAUCCUAAAGACGAUCAUAAUAUAAUGUCAGAAACUGAAACAUUGCUUAGUCCUAAACCAUAUUCUUAUACGUUAGACGAUAUUCCUAGUGCUGAAAUUCCAAAGAUGGAAGAGAAAGAUUAUGUAGAACCAGUAGAAAUUACUAAAGAAGAACCUAAAAUAAUUGAUGUUCCUAAAACUGAAUUUAUUCCAAAAAAAGAAAUAGAAGUUAAAAUGGAUACUGUCCUUCAAGAUGAUUCUACUGUGGUAGUAAAAACGGAUUCAGCUGACAAGGGAGAUGUAUGCGAUAUAAAAAUUGGACCUGAAGAACUGUUUAGCAGAAUUGGUCUAGAUAAAUGGUUCAACCCGGAGAAGUUACCACCUCAAGUCGAAGCGUUGGUUUACUGGAGAAAUCCUGUAUCGUCUGGCGCUGUGUUUGCAACUAUACUAACUGUAUUGCUGUCAUUCUCAUACAUGUCUUUGUUCAGUGUUGUCGCAUAUAUUGGUCUGGGUGUACAGAUUGGAAGCCUUUUAGUACGUCUUUACUACACUGUAAUGCAGACAGUUAAUAAGGCUUCUCCAGUAAACAAUCCACUCCAAUUUGUCUCGGACUUAGACGUCAGGUUGCCGGAGGAAAAAGCUGAAGAAUUGAGCAAGUUAAUCAUUGUACACCUCAAUGCAGUGCUAGUUGAACUCCGUCGCUUAUUGAUUGUUGAAGAUUUGGUAGACUCCGCCAAGUUAUUUGGCAUCCUAUGGGUAAUGACUUAUGUAGGAGCAUGGUUCAACGGUCUCACCUUAAUAAUUAUUGGAUUCCUCGCCUUGUUUACAUUGCCAAAGGUGUAUGAAAGCAACAAGACUCAAAUUGAUCAAAACAUCGAUUUGGUUAGAAGCAAAAUUGCUGAUCUGACUAACAAAGUGAGAGCUGCUAUUCCAAUUGGCAAAAAAGAGACGGAAGCAAAGAAGAAGGAAUAAACACCUAUAUUGGUUUACGGAACCAUCAUAAUUUGUUGUGGUCGACAAUUUCUAUUAUAGGCCAACAUGAAUUAUUCUUAUUUUUUUUUUUUUUUAUAAAUACAUAAAAACAUGUCCCAGUAAAUUUA